CCCGCCAGGGAGAGGAAACGGGGAGGAGGGUGUCUGACCGAUCAGCUUCCGCCUCUCAGUUCCUCCUCCAGGGCCAAAACUUUUCAAGGGGGCUUGCGAACCAAGAUUGCAAGGAAAAUCCAGCCUUUUUGCAGCUCUGUGCCAGGUAGGUCAACCUACGUAGUUCUCGCCAAAGAGGAAUUUUAUUCGUUCUGCCAGGGGAGUUAAAAGAUUCUGGCCUCUUUCCCAAGCCAGGCCCCACGACGAGCCACGACUUGAGACAGACGGGUGGAACAAGAGGCUUGUUUUCAGCAGCAGGACACCUGGGAUGGAUGCAAAAGGGCAGCCCCUUUAACAGGACUGAAUGGCUGAAUCCUAAAGAGUUGGGUUUUUUUGCAAUAGUGCUGAGGUUGAGCUGAAUCAGCCUGGCACCCUUGAGCUGCCCCCAAGCCCAGUGCGUCUGCCUGGAUCCAAUCGGUGCCGAGUCCCAAAUAUGCCAGGUUAGCAAAGGUUGAGCUAGGUGCAGCUGCAACAGAGCAUAAGGCCAUUUCAGACGCUCCUAUUUGAAAUCAGGCCUUUUAUGCAGACCCCAUGAGGACUGGAAACUUAUUGUGUUUUUAGCAAAUUGCUGUAGUUAAGCAGCAAAGCCUGCAAACGAUCCUUCCCCUGGGAAUCUGACAAGCCCCUGCCUGUCAGUUUAGCGGAGGGUUGCCAAUCUUUUUCGAGCUGGAAGUGUUGGGUCUGGCGCGAACAUCGGCCGAGCUGCUUGCGGCGAGAGGGAAGGAGAGAGCGAGGCCAUAACUGAACCUUGAGGGUUCCCAGCAUAUGAGUCACCUUUAAGGUGAGACCUCAAGGCAGCAGACGUCUCAAACGUGGCAAGUUCCCUAUCCCACAUAAAAAAAAGGGUUUUGUGGUGGGGGAGGCACGGUUCUGCUCAAGAUCUUGAAGAGGUGCUGCCGGUCAGAGCCCUGACCUAGCCACUGUGAUCCACGUGACGGUCACCUCCAGACUGGAUUAUUGUAACUCACUCUACGUGGGGCUGCCCUUGAGACUGACCCAGAAACUCCAGCGGGUGCAGAAUGCCGCGGCGAGACUCCUUACAGGGUCCUCACUGUGAGAUCACAUUCACCCAGUGCUUUACCAACUGCACUGGCUCCCGGUGGAGUACAGGAUCAGGUUCAAGGUGCUGGUUUUAACCUUUAAAGCCCUAUACGGCCUAGGACCCUCGGACCUACAGGACCGCCUCUCCUGGUAUGCCCCACAGAGGAACUUACGAUCCUCAAACAAAAACAUCUUGGAGGUCCCGGGCCACAGGGAGGUUAGGCUGGCCUCAACCAGAGCCAGGGCCUUUUCGGCUGUGGCCCCGAUCUGGUGGAACGCUCUGCCACAAGAAAUUUGGGCCCUGCGGGACUUGACAUCUUUCCACAGGGCCUGCAAGACAGAGCUGUUCCACCAGGCCUUUGGCCAGGGCGCAGCCUGACUCCCUCCUUUGGCAAUCACAGAGCUCUAGCCCAAUGGUUGCCAUCAAUUUGAUUUGAAUUAAUUUUAUAAUGAAAUGAUUUUAGAAUGUUGUAUUAUUUUAUUGUUGUUAGCUGCCAUGAGCCCGGCUUUGGCUGGGGAGGGCGGGAUAUAAAUAAUAAUAAUAAUAAUAAUAACAAUAAUAAUAAUAAUAAUAAUAGGACCAGUGGUCUGACUUGGUCUGAAAACAGCUUCGUGCAUUUGGAUUGGGUGAGGGGCUAUAGAUCAGUGGUAGUGUCUGUGUGUUGCCUGUUUUUUUGGGGGGUGGGGAACCCACCCCCUGCCUCCUCCAGCAUUUCCAGCUAAAUCUUGUAAAAAUAAUAAUAAUCAAAGUUUAUAUAUGCCCCUCACUUGAAUACCCUGUUUCCUGCCGGCACCCAUAACAGUGACCAGUUCUGGAUGCUGUUAGCUUAACUUAAAGAUAUUUGAAACAGAGUCAGUCAAACAAUAUUCAGAAAGCCGAUUCUUAGAAUUGCCUUGAAAUCCAUCCACAAAGAGUGUUAUUUAUGUUUUAAUCUUCCCAGUUGAUCAAAAUCCGGAGGGCUACAUUAAUUUAAUUUUCCCCUUAACGUUUUUUUUAAAUGAAUUCAUUUAUGUAACUUAUUUAUUAAUUUCCUUCUAAGCCUUCUCAAGGCCAUUUGAAAGAUAAUUUAAAAAGCAGUUAAAAACGCAAGAACAAGAAGCACAUAUAAAACAAGGCCAAUUCUCGGUUGGUUCAUAAGGACCAAAGGUUUGGGAGCCGCUGAUUGUUUUCUAAGCAAUUAAUCCGGGGCAUAAAUGAGGCUUGCCAAGACCCAGAGAUGUUCCCAAUAUCUCCUCCCACCUUUUACAUUGCAGGUUUGCACAGAAGACAAAACACCAAACCGAAAAAACCCAGAGGGCAAAGAUGGCGGGCUGAUGACAUCUCCUCUUUCUUGAACGUUUUGGUGAAGAGUAAGAGGUGGUGGACAAAAUCUCCCUGGGAAGAGGCUGAUGGCCUGCCGGCAUGGUGGAGAACCUCCCUCUGCUGCCAAGCUUCCACCCCUCCAGGCCCCAAGAUGCUCUUCCAACUGGGGCGCUGGCCUCUCCAGACCACUCGCCAAGGCGGCAGAGGACGGUACAGCAUCUCUGAGCAUGGAGGGCAUCUUCAGGGUCUUGGCCGCAAUCCCGGGAAACAGGCUGGUCCAGUACAAACACAAGCUGGGCUGCAGGCGGCAAGGCGGGAAGAGUUGCAGGCUCCUUCAGGCCAUGAUCCUCUUGACCCUGGGCAGAGAGACGGAGGCCAGACUGAGCCUGGAAGCGUUGGGGAAUUGCGCUGCGGUGGCAGACAUCUACAAGAGCCACCAGCGGAGCGCUGCAGCAAGCAGGGCCGAUCCAGCCCCUUCAAACCAGGAUGCAGGAGUGGCGCUGGCUGUGGCCCAGAUCUAUUCGUUGUUAGUAGAGGAAAAGCUCUGUGGGCCCCUGGCCAGAGACGAGGCUUACCGUAUCGCCAUCAAGGCUUUCCUUGAGAGUGAUGUCCCAAGGUCUGCUUUUGAGAGCCUCUUGAGCGAAGCUGAGCAAAAGUGUGGGCUGGAUUUUGUGCCUGCGGUGGCAAGCAACAGCUUCAGCGCUCCAGGAUGCGAUGGGGGGAGGCCUUCCUCCACAGCAGCAAAGAGCUCCCCCAUGCCAGUUUUGAGUUCCUGGGCUCCCUCCGAAAUCCAGCCUCUGUGCUCCACAGGCAGCCCGGCCUCGCUGCUCAGCCACCUGGAGAUCAGCCAGUCUCCAACCUUGCUGUUCCUCACCCAUUCCGUUCAGCAUGGCGUCCCCGAGCCCAGCAAGCUGUGUGGAAGUGGCCCCAACUCCCUGGUGCAGCCUGGAGAAGCGGGAGCCACUGCCGAGUCUCCAGCCAAUUCUUGCUCUGGGAGACCAGCGGAGCCCGUCGUGCAAGGCCAAGAGGAAACCAGGCAAACCAGUGAUCCUGGAGGCAACCAUUCUUGCUUGUCAGUUCAGCCUCCCCCUAAAAUUACGCAGCCGCUGGAAGAUGGAGAAAACAGGGAACCCCGAAGUCUGGUGGCCUCGGAACCGCAGGGUUGUGCAGGAUGUCCACUCCAGAACUCACAAGCGCCAUCCACACCUCUGCCUGGUUUAGCACCUUCUGCACUGUUUGUUCCAAGAACCGUGGAAGAUUCCUCCUCCCUGAAGCCGAGCUUGGAGACUGGGUCCUCUUCAAGCUCUGGUUCUCCUCCUCCUCAUUCAUCAGGACCUCCCUUGACAGAUCUGCCGGCUGAGGAGCAACCCUUCUUCACUUUCGUUGUGGUCCAUGCCCCUGAAGACGAGACAGUCGCCUGCCGGGUGAGGGAGCGGCUGGAGGCCCUGGGCGUUGCCGACGGGGCGACGGUCAGCGAGGACUUCCUUGUCCCUGGGCACUGCCAGCUCAGCUGCUUCCAGGAUGCCCUGGAUAACUCGGCCUUCACCCUCCUCCUCCUGACAGAGAACUUCAAGAGCCGCUUCUGCGCCUUCCAGGCAAACGUGGCCUUGAUGGACUCCUUCCAGCGCUUCUGCAAGACCAACUCGGUGGUGCCCUUCAUUGCCAAAGAGAGCCCCGUGAAGAGGCGAGAGAUGCCUUUCCUGCUCGCGGCAAUCGUGCCGCUGGAUGAGACCUCGCCCGUCUUUGCCAGGCGGGUCAAGAAAACGUUCUCCCCAGCGGUGAUCCGGGAGAAGAGGGCCCUGUGGAAUAUCUCGAGGCAAAUCCGGAACCAGGAGCGCUUGCAGGAGCAGCAGAGUGAGUACCAGCAGGCCCUGCAGCGCCUGUCUGGCCUCAGGGUCAGUUCGCAAGUUCUGAUGCCCUCGCAGAGGGGCUUUCUGGGGCUGCAGACCCCACCUGACCAGCCAUUUUUCUACCCUGAAAUGCCUCAACCUCAGCUGGGGCCUGAUCAACUUUCCCAUCCAUAUGUGUUCUCACGGGGUUCCCCGGGGCUCAUGUCUGGGGCGCCUCCGUCGCACCUCAUAAUCCAGAAUGCCCAAAUGGUCCAGAUUGGAGACUAUAACCAAAUGCAGGUGGAGAGGGCAGGUGCGGCGGCAGAAGAGGAAGAAGGUGGUUUGGACGGGAGAGAGAGACCUGGAGGCUGAAGCUCAAAGUGCCUCCAUCUCUUUGUGGCGUUGUGAUCAGGGGCACGGCCACAUGUAGAAACUCUGUUCUGCUCCUCCUCGACCCAAAAUGGGCGCCAGAAGAUCUGGAGAGGCAGCAGGAAAAGGGAGCCCUCCUGGAACGAGUUGGUUUGGUUUAACGAAGUUUGUCAAAUCGGAUCAGAAAUGUCUGAACAACACCCAGAAGCAGUUCGCGUAACUCUCAGGGGAAGCGAAUGAGAAUCCAGUUCGUUUUGGAGUAGAACUCAGAACAAUUUCUCUCCGGUUGCCUGAUUUGAGUUGACUUGCAUGCUGCUUCUCGACAACGAAAUUUAUUUCAUAAAUUAUAUACAUCAGAAUGCUAAUACAGUCGUACCUCAGAAGUCAAACACCUUGCAACUUGAACGUUUUGGCUCCUGAACGCUGCACACCUGGGAGUGAGUGUUCCAGUUUGCGAACGUUCUUUGGAACCUGGACGUCUGACGCAGGUUCCGCGGGUUCCGAUUGGCUACAGGAGCUUCCAAUCUGAAGCUGCACCUUGGUUUCUGAACGUUUUGGAAGUUGAACGGACUUCUGGAACAGAUUCCGUUCGACUUCCAAGGUACAACUGUAUAUGAAAUACAGAGCAUGUCAAAACUGACAGAACACAAUUUAACAAACACAGAAUGAAUUCAACAUUACCAAAAACAAGAAAACAAAACACGCAGCAAUCUAGGUUUAAGUACAUAUAAGCAAAGCUAAAUAAGAGCUAACUGACAAUAAAUAAUGUCAACCUUAAAGACCAUAAUAGUUGGGGGGAAAAUAAAUUAAACUGUUCACAUUCCACUCUGUCUCUAUUCGUUCUGCUGCUUUCUUCUUAGGGCACUUUUGGCCUAAUCAAUUUGUUCCCUGGCUUCUUUUUGGACGUGAUUUUAACCCGGAAUUUUCCUGCCCAUUUCCCCUGUUUUCCACGAUUUGCUGAUUCAGGCCACCCUGCCUCUCUGGAAGCUGCUCCACACAAAAACACUCCCAUCGAAAACAAAAAAUGGACAAAGGUUUCAUCCACGUAAAGCUGACAGAAGAGCUUUAAAAAAAGUAAAUUUUAUUAGUAUUUUCCACACAACAACAAAAAAACCCUCCCGAAAAAAAUACACAAAAACAAGCAUUUUACAAAACAAAUCCAAAUCUUACAAAUUAAUAAUAUAAACACUAAAAAGGAAAACAAACAUUGACUUCCACCAAUCCCACGGCGCCUCUUUUACCUCUCAUUGUAUCUUCCUGUUUUCCUUAUCAUCUCUGAUAUAAAUCCCUCUUUCUUAUCCUUUCACUUCACAAGGUUAUUCCAGACUCAGCCAGAUUUCUGUCCUCGAACCUUGGCUUUUAAGGUAUUCAUUUAGGCACUCCCAUUCCUUUUUCACUUCACUUUUUGGUCUUUGUCUUAUUAUAAAUGUCAAUUUGGCUAAUUCUAAAUAUUCUGAAAGCUUACAUAACCAUUCUCCCCUAGUGGGUAACUGAUUUCCUUUCCAGUAUUUAGCCACCAGGAUUCUUGCUGCAGGCGUUGCGUAUAAGAAAAAUUUAGUUUUGUCUUUUGGAAUAUGGUCGUUUAAAAUUCCUAAAAGGAAUGCCUCUGGCCUUUUACUGUAUGAUAUUCUUAGUAUUUUCUUUAUUUCUUCGUGGAUCAUGCCCCAAAAUUACCCAAUUUCGGGGCAUGUCCACCACAUAUGGUAGAAGAUUCCUUCCUCCAGCACUAAUUAUUAUAUGUUUUAUCCAUUUUUGCCAGCCUUUCUGGUAACAGGGACCACCUAUGAUGCAUUUUCAUAUAAUUCUCUCUUAUUCGGUAACAUGCUGUGAAAUUUAUAUUUUUUGUCCACAGUCUUUCUCAUUCAUUAUAAUCAGUUGAGCGGCCCAGAUCUUGUUCCCAUUUUUUAAUAGUGUCACCUUUUCCCACCUUUUCUAUUUUCCAAUUUUGUAACAAUUUAUAUAUUUUUGGGACGUGGGUGGCGCUGUGGGUUAAACCACAAAGCCUAGGACUUGCCGAUCAGAAGGUCAGCGGUUCGAAUCCCCGCGACGGGGUGAGCUCCCGUUGCUCAGUCCCUGCUCCUGCCAACCUAGCACUUCGAAAGCACGUCAAAGUGCAAGUAGAUAAAUGGGUACCGCUCCGGCGGGAAGGUAAAUGGUGUUUCCGUGCGCUGCUCUGGUUCGCCAGAAGUGGCUUAGUCAUGCUGGCCACAUGACCCAGAAGCUGUACCCGGCCAAUAAAGCAAGAUGAGCGCCACAACCCCAGAGUCGUCCGUGACUAGACCUAAUGGUAAGGGGUCACUUUACCCCUGUCUUUACUGUUGGGCAAUCCUUUAUUUCUUCUACAAGUUCCCUAUAUGUUAGUCAACUGUCUUUCAUAUUAUUUCUAUGCAUGGCUGAUGACUCUAUACGCAAUAGCCACCAGGGAGUUUUGGCUGUUACUAUUGUUUUAUUUCUUUCCCAAACUUUGAAUAGGGCCUUUUCACCAAAUGAUUAGUGAAGCCUCUAUGUGCUUUUAUUUUAUCGUGACCCAGGUAGCCAUGCCACCCGAAAACUUUGUCCCAGCCCUCCAGGUCUAGGAUUUCUGUAGCUGUCAGUAACAUCCAAUCUUUCAGCCACGUCAUGCAUGUGGCCUCAAAAUACAGCUUGAGGUCUGGGACCACAAACCCGCCCUUUUCUUUGGGCUCCAUCAAUACUUUGAACCUUACUCUUGGCUUCUUACCCUGCCAAAUAAAAUUAGAAAGAACCCUUUGCCAGCCUUUAAAACAUUUUGUCCCAAUAAUUAUUGGGAUCGUCUGGAAAAGAAAGAGCAUUUUUAGAAGAAUUGACAUUUUUAUCAAGGAUAUCCUACCCCAUAAAGACAAGUUCAGUUUAUUCCAUUUAUUUAAAUAUCCUUUUAUUUCCUUCCACUUCUUCACAUAAUUAUCCUUGUACAAAUUGGUAUUUUUAUUUGUAAUCCAGAUCCCCAAAUACUUAGCUUUCGUGGUGAUUUUAAGGCCGGUUACCCUUUCCAAUUCUUCCUGUUCUUUUACCCCCAUAUUUUUCGUUAAUAAUUUAGAUUUUUCUUUAUUUAACUUGAAGCCCGAUACUGCUCCGUACUCAGUCAAUUUCUUUAGGGCUUCUUGUAUACUUUCUUCUGGAUUUUCUGAAGUAAUAAUUACAUUGUCCAUAAAUGCUUUAACUUACCCAGACUAAUCCCCUUAAUUUUUGGGUCCUUUCUUAUUGCUAUUAGGAGUGUUUCUAGCGUCACAAUGAACAAAAGUGGGGAUAAAGGACAUCCUUGUCUGGUGCCUCUUUCAAUUUGGAAUUCUUCAGUUAUUUCACUGUUAAUUAUUAACUUAGCUUUCUGGUUUUCAUAAAUCUCUUUAAUACCAUUCAAAAUUUUGUUCCCAAGUUUCACACUUUCCACAGUGUGAACCAGAAAGUUCCAGGCCACACUGUCGAAGGCCUUCUCCGCAUCCACCAGUGACAAUGCCACCUUCUUACUAGGUUCCAUAUCAAUAAAUUCUAGAAAAUCAAUCACUACUCUUGUAUUAUUUUUUAUCUGUCUCCCUGGUAAAAAGCCAUUCUGAUCCUUACCUAUUAUUCUGGUCAAGCAUUUUCCAAUCUAUUUGAGAUUUUCUAAUCAAUAUUCAAUAAUGAAACUGGUCUGUAAUUCUUUAUAUUAUUUGGGUCCAUUCCUUGUUUUGGUAGUAAGGUUAUCAACGCUUCAUGCCAAGAGUUGGGGACAGAAGAGCUUUUAAAGCAGAGCAGGUACACUUUUCGGAUUUUCUGAGGACAGGGAAACUCAUGAUUUAGCAGGGUGAAAGUUUGGGACAGCAGCUGCUUGCAGCGAACAUUGUAUAGACGAAGGGGUAAUUAAAAUAUGUUAGAUUAAAGCAAUGGGUGCUACCACCCCUAGGGUGGGUGGGAUGACCCAGGGGCGCUAAUAGGUGAGGGGGGAGCUGGGGGUGCUGGAGGUGCAAAUGAAUAUCGGACUUCAAAAAGCUGGUAUCGCUGGAUCAAGUUCACAAGUCUCUCUGAAUUAAACUCAAUAGUUUCAACUGGAUUUUGACUGAAUGUGUAAUUAAUUGUCGUGGUUUUGAAUUUUAUCGUGCUAUUAUCUCCCUCAGCGGGUCGUGCAAACCACUGGUUUUAGUGUGGUAGGGAGCACUGGGGGACCGAGGAGGCAGGGAGUGGCCUGGGAAAAAACAUUUUGGAACCAUGAGAUUGUUGUUGUUGUUGUUGUUUGUUUGUUUAGUCGUGUCCAACUCUUCGGGACCCACUGGACCAGAGCACGCCAGGCACUCCUGUCUUCCACUGCCUCCCGCAGUUUAGUCAAAC